AUGCUGUAUUCCAAGCUUAAAGACGACAUCGGUCAGCAGAGUGUCGAUUCAGGACACGAGAGAAGAUGGACGCCUAGACUUGCUAGAAGAGGUGCUGGAAAUGCUGCUAACGGAGACGCACCAGACACUGUCCGUGACCAAAUGAUGCGCCAAGAUCCCCGAUUUAUGACAUUCCACCACGCCUACCUGAAUGAGAUCGCCAACUUCGACCUCCAGAACGCUUUCCUCGAGGAGGAGAAGGAGGACCAGCUAUUCCAACUGUUCGCGCACGUGAGCCUCACGCGCGACCCUCGAGCCACCUCGGACAUGGUACCCGACGAAGUGUGGGCGAACCUCUCGUCGGACCCGGAAAUUGUCGAGCUUGAAGAGCAACGCGCGCAGUUCAAGCGGGGGAAGUACCGAAGCGAGGGUCGUAAAAACGAGGAAAAGUGA